UCUCAAUCUAUUGGCAGACCAGAAACUAUUACUCUGAUCAAAGGAAACCAUAAUCAAGGAUUGGCGAUGAAAGUGUGCAACGGCGCUUGGCAUCGGAAACUCUCUCACCAAAAACCCGGACGGGAAGAAGGCACGGCGGGCGGGCGAGCUUCGGGCGAGCCGGGCCCAACCGCCGAAACCCCGCGCCCCACACUUCCUCUUCUCUCGCUGCCCCUCUAUCCUCCUCUCCUCCCCCGCCCACCAGCAAGCACCGCACUGAGGUUGUUCCUUCGCCCGCGCUGCAAAACGUCAUGCAUCCAUGGAAACACUAGAUCAAUUGGCUUUCUGUAAAUUGCGGGCUUCCCAAGGUCGCUUCACUUCUCAAUUGGGCAGUUCCCUAAUCAUCUGAACCCAGUCCUUUUACGUCCAUUACGCCCUGCCCCGCAACUGCUAUCGUAAUCUCACAUCUUUAAUACUUGGACUUGUUCCCAUCACGAUAGCUUCAUUUCCUUUCACUUUCUAGUAUCUUUGUGAUAAUUUCUUAUAUAUUUUGAAUUUAUCUUGCACAUCUUCAACAAUACCACACAAAGUAUUCAAGAUGGCGUCCCAGAUAGAUAUCGCUGCCGUGAGAAGCAAGUUCCCUGCCUUGGGCCAAGACCAGGUCUUCUUCGAUAAUGCAGGCGGAAGCCAGACGCUGGGCACAGUCAUUGAGUCCAUCCGAGACUAUCUCACACAAAGCAACGUCCAGCUAGGCGCCUCUUACAAAGUCGGCCAGAAGGCGACGGCCUCCUACGGCGAAGGCUACCAGGCCGGCGCAAAGUACAUCAACGCAUCCUCUGACGAGAUCGUCUUUGGCGCCUCGACAACCCAGCUCUUCCGCAACCUAUCCCACACCUUCACCUUUGACAAGGGCGACGAAAUCAUCGUAUCAGCAGUCGACCACGAAGCCAACAUCGCCUCCUGGGUCGACCUCGCCGCCCGCCAAGGGCUCGAGCUAAAGUGGUGGAAGCCCACAGACGCAUCCUCCACCACAAACCCAAAGCUAACAGCAGAGAACCUGAAGCCCCUACUCUCGGACAAGACCCGCCUGGUGACCCUCACGCACGCGAGCAACAUCCUAGGCACGAUCCACGACGUCGCCUCCGUAGCCUCCCUCGUCCACGCCUCCACCCCGAAAGGCCUCGUCUGCGUCGACGGCGUGGCCUAUGCCCCGCACCGGCCCAUCGACGUCAAAGCCCUCGGCGUCGACUUUUACGCCUUUUCGUGGUACAAGGUCUACGGUCCGCACACGGCCAUGCUGUACGCCAGCCGCGCCGCGCAGGACGCGCACAUGCGCUCCCUCGGCCACUUCUUCAACCCGAGCGAGUCCCUCGAGGGGAAGCUCGGGCUCGCGGGCGGCAGCUACGAGCUGGUCUCGGCCGUCCCGCGGGUGCUGGAGUACCUAGGCACGCCUGACUCCCAAGGCUGGAAGGGGAAAGUCGAGCAGGAGGGGCAGCUCCAGGCUACUCUGCUCGAGUACCUCAACGGUCGGGGCGACGUGACGAUCUACGGCGAGACCGAUGCCGGCACCGACCGCCGUGUUCCGACAAUCAGCUUCCGAGUGCAGGGGUGGGGCACCAAGGAGCUCGUCAAUGCCGUGGAGAACGAGUCCGAGUUUGCCUUCCGAUGGGGUCACUUCUACUCGUACCGGCUGAUCAAGGAGAUUCUGCAACUCGAUCCUGCCGAUGGCAUUAUUCGGGUUAGCAUGGUGCAUUACAACAGCCGUGAGUCAAGUGUGCACCUUAUCCGACCUGUGACAUAUGCUAAUUUGCCGUAGUUGAUGAAAUCAAGGGGUUUAUUGCGGCCUUGGAUAAGGUACUGCAACAAAAGACCAAAGCAUAGUGUAUAAUGUGAUAGAAUUAGGAUUAGAAAGACCUGUAACUCCGGCAUACCACCGGAAAGUUGCUGUCCGUCUGAUAUCUAUAUACGCUGAACAUAAAUCAUGGCUCCCAUAGCUUUUUAUAGAGGACAGAAAUACCAACAAAAAAAGGAAAAAGUCGUAAAAACGUGGCCGUGAGAGAAAAAGUCGGGGUUUUGGUGGUGUGGGGACUUCGAUUCCAAUCUCUCUCAGAGCUUGCCGGUCUUCUUCUCGACGGCUUGUCUGAGGAUCUUGAUGACCUCUGCGGGGUCCUGGGCACCAAAGACAGCGCUGCCAGCAACGAUGACAUUGGCGCCCGCAUCGGCAGCCUGGCCGACGGUGGACCCCGUCAGGCCGCCGUCGACCUCGAUGUUGAGCUCCGGGUACCGCUCGCGGAGGGCCUGGACCUUGGGCAGCUCAGAGGCCAUGAACUUCUGUCCGCCGAAACCGGGCUCGACUGUCAUGAUCAGGACCAUCUGCAGUUGUGGAGAGAACCCCCUGUCAGCCUAAUGCACCUUCGCGGAGACCCCGUCUUGUGGUGUGUGUAACAGCUGCUCGUAAGAAGAAGAAAAAAAGGGCAAUAACUCACGUCUGGUCUCUCGAGUGGGUCUU